AUGGAGAUUUCAAGAGGAUUUGGAGUGCUUCUGAUACUUGCAGCGGUGUUGAGCUCAAGUUUGGUUCAUGGGGUUGAAGAAAGUGGUAAUGCUGCUGAGGUCAAUGCUAGUUUUAAUUUGGAGGCUUCAUGGGAAAGCAACGUUACUGUGGUUGAAGAUGUAAGACAAAGAAACAGUAAAUCAUCUAGAGGAGUUUUAACUGAGAGCGGUAGUAACAUGCACAAAGGCGGUGCUAGUGGAGGAGGCGGUGGAGGUGGAGGUGGAGGGCACAAAAGAAAGGAGGGAAGAGGACACGGUGGAGGAAGAGGGGGUGGCAGCGGCAGUGGUGGUGGUUGUGGUGGAGGAGGAGGUGGGGGUGGGGUGGGGGUGGAGGAAAUGGUAGUGGACAUGGAUGGGGCAAAGGAAGUGGUGGUGGGGGUGGAGGAGGAGGGAGGAGGUGGCGGAGGUGGAGGUGGAGGUGGAGGUCGAGGUGGAGGUGGGGGUGGUGGUGGUUGGGGAUGGGGAGGAGAUAACGGUGGAGACAACGGAAAAGGUGGUGAUUGUUGGAUUUGGGGAUGUGGUGGCCGUCGUGGUGGUGUACACAAAAAAUCAGUCAAGGGGAAAGUUGGUACUCCUCACAACUAA